AUCACUAUGCUUAACGGUUAUCGGCUGGCGUUCCUUUGCGCAAGUAUUUACGUAAACGUCGAUUGCGCGCCUUUUCCUGAAGACAUCGUAUAUCCAAAGUUGCUCGAGACAAGAGGAAUAAACGGAACAAAAUUAUUGCACAUUAAAGAGGGACUGACUCUUAGUUUGGAAAAACUAUCUGUAUUGGCAGACUCACUCGCUUUUACUGACAGUAAUGACGGAGUUGCAACUGAAAUAAUCGUGAACGGAACUAAGCUUGAAGAAAAUUUGUACCAAGACAGAGAGAAGAUGGCCGCUGUAUCUGUAGAAGAAGUGGACGACUCUAUUGAAGUGAUGGGAGUCCUUAAUGACAAAUUACGCAUCGCUCCUUUGCCUUUGAUGGCUCGAUCUGAGGAGGGACAUCUUGCACACAGGAUCUACAAGGUGGAGCCCUCUAGGAAUCAGGAAGAAAAUGGUGCUGCUCUUCCAGAUACACUACCUCAACAGCGAGCUCGCACCAAGACGCGAACAUGUUCCGCAUGUUUGAAGCACGUACCCGAUCCAUUUUUGGUUGAAGUUCACAUGAUGGUGGAUGAGAAACAUUACAAAGUGUUUCGACGAAGGGUAGAUUUAGUAAAUUAUUUGGCACUCACCAUUGCACUGGUCAACAUGCGCUAUGAAGACACGUCAGGUCCGAACAUACAGUUCCUGCUCACAUCUAUUCAAAAGGAGCAGGGAUUUGCGCGAACCUUCGAGGAUGACGAUAUUGGUUGGCCAACCCAAAGAACCUAUGCGGACGCAAACGAUACCUAUAAGCACCUUCUUGAUAAGUACGGAAGAAGUCCCGCAGAUAUUACGGUUGCUGUGACCGGGUUAAUACUCGCAGAUGACCUUGAUUAUUACUCCCCUGCUUUUGCAAAUGUACAAGGACAGGCCCGCCUAGGUGGCGUUUGCAAUGAACGUUACAGCAUGGUAAUGGUGGAGGACGUGCCUAUGUCAUUUGGAAUGGUGAGCCUCUUGCCGCACGAACUGGGACAUGCUCUCGGCGCGCCUCACGAUGGAGUAAUACAUAUUUGGAAUGAACGUCUUCCGCCAAGAAACGACUGCCGCAAAGAUAGCGAAGAUGGUCACUUCAUUAUGCAUCCUUUCGAACCAGGCAAUGAACAUUUCUCCGACUGUUCCAAACAACAUAUGAUUGCCUUUAUAUC